CUGUUUACAAACAGAGGAAGACAGGGCAACGUUAGCCUGAAGCAACGAUCACGUUAUUUAAGAAAUUAAUCGUGUUUCUCUCAGUUUGCGUCUUUUUCAGGAUCCUCGUUUGAAGCGUCUUUGGUGAUGUUGACGAACUGAAACCUUUAGUUCAACUCAAACGAGCCAUCGUGCCUGUGUUUAUAUAAAGCUAACGCUAAAGCUAACCGAGGCUAGCUGAAUGCUAAGUGUUAGCUAAAGAGAAUGUGGGUUAAAUGGUGUUUUAAUAUAAAAUACAUGGGGGAAUUACACCAGGAUUCCUAAAUUAACCCGCUAGCUACCUGGCUAAGUAAAUAAGUAUUAGCUGAACAUGAUAUUUGUGGCUUCUAACAUGUUGGACGCUACCAGACGUUUCACCAGCCUUUUCAAAUCUGACAUGUCACAUUGUUUGCUGCCUUAGCAAGAGCAGUGUCCUAAUCUGAAAAGGGACGUUGUCACUGGGACUGAAUUUCUGUGAAACAUCGGUGAAACUACGAUCUCUCCUCAUGGCUACUUUCGGUUUUACUCCUGCCAGUGAGCAGGAUUUCUUCUGCGCUGAAACAAUGGGUCAGUCCAGCUCCAAAACAAACAGUGUCAUCAGCGGGGAAGAGGCCAGGCAGUUCUACGAAAACUUAACGAAGGAUGGUGCUCAAGGAAAAGAAGCAUCGAAGAGUGUCCGCAGAAAAACCAACAGAGAGUCCAACAGAAGAGUCCGGAGGAGAGUCAGGGCUGCGGAGACGCAUCAGGACCAAACCAGUUCAAGAGUGGAAAGAGAGACUGGGAGAGGAAGUGUAGAUUCACAAAGGAGAGAGACGCCAUCGAACGGCAACUCAGAAAGAUCCAAGGAGCUCCUGGGGCUCAGGUUCCUGCGCUGUGCCAACGAGGGGGACGUCUCUGCCCUCAGGGAGCUGCUCUCCAGGGGGGUCGACAUAAACGUCCAGGACAUGUACUUCUGGACGGCGGUGAUGUGUGCGAGCUGGUCUGGUCAGAGAGCUGCGGUGAGGCUGCUGCUGCAACAGGGAGCCGCCUGGGUGGGAGUGGUCGACACACGGGGAAGGGAUGCCAAAGACCUGGCGCUGGAAGCGGGCCACAGGGACGUGUUGGAGGAGUUGGAGAGCUACGGGAGAAGUGCUCAGGAAGACCCAGAACUGGAGGGCAGUUCCUUUCAGGCUCAGUGGUGUGACGUGUGUUGCACCCAGUACAGCAGCAGCCUGUCGUCACAUCUCUCCUCCACUCUGCACCAGUUUGGUCUGCGGCGGCCUCCCCCCACCCCACUCUACUGUCUCCCCGCCUCCAGCAACAGCUACAAGAUGAUGCUUCGCUCUGGCUGGAAACCAGGGUCAGGACUGGGCCCAGAGGGGGAGGGGCCACAGCAGCCAGUGCCAACUGUGCUAAAGAGGGACCACAAAGGUCUGGGCUACGGACACGUGAGAAGAGCCAAAGUUACACACUUCCAAGCCAGGGACCGUGACGCUAUAAAACCACCGUUCAAGCAUAAAGAGGAGAGGGAAGGAAAAGGGAAGAGGAAGGAAGAAAGUAGGAGAAAAGAGCAAAGGGAUAAGGACUGGGAGAAAGAUUUCCGUGCCUCUUUUUAUCUUUGACAUCUGCUCACCGGGACUUUCUGUCUCCCACCUAUUUAUCUGAAAGUACUUCAAAAACAUCUUCGCCAAGCAGAUGGGACGAUUUAAUACACCGGAGUUAUUUUAUCCUGGAGAUCAUGAUCAGAGUGAGGAGUGCUCACGCUGCAUCGACACUGUCUUUGACUUGUUCAUCUUUGAGAUUCAUCUUUUAAGAAAAGAUGUUUGUGUUUUUUUUUACUGUGACAAUGUUUGUAAAUCUACCAGAAGGUUUUUUCACAUGGAGCAUAAUAUAAAAACCUUGACUCUA